AUGCACGUUCUUGGGAAGGCCCCCACUGUGUUCGUCUGCACCCCCGAAGCGUUCGAGGACGUUGAGAAGAUUCAGUACGAGGCGUUUGGUAGGAAUCCGCUCUUCGUUGAGGCAACCACGGACGUUCUCGGGCAAGGAGUCUUUGCCAUCAGCGGCCCGUUGUGGCACCACCAACGCAAGACUGCGAGUCGAUUGAUCUCCACGCAGAUGAUUCAGCACAACAUGGAUGUGGUGGUUCCGGACAAGUGCAAGGAGUUGAUGAAGCGUCUGGAUGCUGCAGCCAGCGAGGAAAAUCCUAUCGAUCGAGUGGUGAGUCUGAAGUGGAGGCUCGACUUGUUCACCAUGGAUGUCUUCUGCAAGGUCGGCUUUGGGAUUGACAUGCACAAGAUGGAGACGGAAAAGAUCAUUGCAAUGCUUGAAGCUCUGCAACGGUCUUCUGCUCGAAUCGUUGGGCGGAUUCUGGAGCCGAGCUGGUUCUGGAAACUACGACGUGAUCUUAACAUCGGAGCUGAACGGCAGUUCACAAAGGAUAUGGAGUGCGUGAAUGACAUGAUCUGCGGCUUCAUCGCCCCCUCCAUUGAAGAAAAAGCCCAGCGAGACCAAGUUGAGGCUAAAGAAGAUGAGAAAGAUUCUCGUAUGGAUCUCAUCUCCUUGUAUCUUGAUCAAGACGCGGCUGAUAACGGGAAGGACGCACCGUUUGACCCCAAGAAGCAGCGGGAUUUCCUCGUUAGCUUUCUUGCUGCUGGCCAAGACACCACGUCGACUUCGAUGUCCUGGUUUGUCGUAAUGAUAAACCGCUACCCGAAGGUAUUGGACAAGAAUUCGAGGCAAGAUGCCGGACCUUGCGAGUGGUAA